AUGAGUUAUGAUAAAAAAGCAGAUGUCACUUCCUUGGAUGAAGAUUUAAGGCAACUUAGGGAAGGCAAAUUUUCACCUGAAGCAAUCCAACAUAUCAAAGUAUGGGUAUUUAAAUCAGUACUAGCAGAGGUCGUUCCUCCUAGUAGCUUAUUGCAAUGCCUGAAAGAUGGAACAGUUCUUUGUAAGUUAGCGAAUGUUUUACAUGAAGCAGACACAAAAGAGACAAACCAUAUCAGCUGGAAGAGGUCCAACAUCCCAUUUGUUCAAAUGGACCAAAUUUCCCAAUUUCAAUCGUUUGCAAGAAAAUAUGGCGUACCUGAAGAUGAAUUAUUCCAGACAGUAGAUCUUUUUGAAGAGAAGGAUCCAGCAAUUGUUUAUCAAACAUUAAAGUCUCUAUCACGUUACGCUAAUAAGAAACAUCCAGAGAGGUUUCCAGUCUUAGGACCACAAUUAUCAACAAAAAAGCCAAGACCUCCAAUCAAACUUAAACCAAAACAUCUACAAGAUGGUACUGGAUGGAGUACUCUCGAGUAUGGUUACAUGAAAGGUGCAUCUCAGGGUAGUGAAGGGGUUGUGUUGGGUCAAAGAAGGGACAUAGUUUAG